AGUCAUUAUAUACAUAAGGAUAUCUUUCCCGUAUAAACGUUCGUAACUCGCGGGCAAGCGUUUUAAAGAAUAAGAUUCAAGCGCUUUAAAGACUGAGAUCACCUCUCAGACGCUUGCCCAAAUCAGUUCAUCUUUCGGCGUGCAACAAGAACGUUCGUUUUUAGUAUCUCUCUCUCUAUCGGAGAUUAAUUUUUAUUUUUUUUCUCUCUCUUCUAUGUAAGAUAUAACUGAGUUAGGCAUACAUGGAAGAGUCAGAGAUAGCCGAAGAAUUAAACUCGGGUUCUGAAUGCCAAAAUAGCGAACCCAUAAUGGCGUCUCGUACGAGAGGUGCACGAGCUUCAAAGAAAAGUUCGGCCAAAAAAGAAGCAACAGACAAAAGGUUUGAGGCUUUAGAAAAUAAAUUUAAUGACAAAUUAGACACAAUGAUGAAUUUCAUUAGAGAAAGUAUACAGACUUUAUCUAACAACGUGUUUACAAAUGCCGAUGAGUCUAAUGAGGCUCACGACGAUUCAGUGCCUAUGUGUCGGGAUACCGGUGGUGUAGCCACGCGGAGACCUGUACUCAGGCAAACGAAUAACGACGAUUCCGAGGGAAUGCGUCCUAUUAUUCCAUUAGAGAGCGACGUCCGUAUUGAAAGGACAGUUAGUGUGCCUACUUUGGACGAUCAGAUAUCUCUCGCCCCAAGUACUAGAGAAGUACGAGAAUUAUUGGGAGAUGACGAAGUGUCUCUAUCUGACGAUUUUGAAAGAAAUUUUCUGUUAGAGUCUGAUCAGAAUCAGAUGAGAAUAGACUCUAAUAAUAAUCGUUUUCAGAAUUUGCUGAAUAAGAACACAGAUUCUAAUCAAACAAAAACUUCUCUGAAUGACAUUUUUGGAAAUGUUUCUUCUACAGAGGAAGAAAAAGUAGGUCUUUGUUUAGACAAGGCACAAGAAGAAAUCUUGAUGAAGUCAUGGAGAUCAUCUGAUCCAGAGAAGUUAACAGCUUACAGAGAUGAAUACAGACAGUGUUUUCCUGUACACAAAGAUUCUUCAGAUUUUCUUCAAGUACCAAGCUUGGAUGAUAUUUUAGAACCAAUGCUUCGGAAAAAGCAUGGAAGCAAGGCUAAUAAAGGUUGGGGUAAAAAUAGAAACUUAGUUACACAACCUUUAAAGAGCAUUGAAACUUUAGCUUAUCAAGGACAGAUAGCUGCCCGUAUGGGUACCAUUGCCAUAGCAUAUAUGCAACAAGCUCUUGGAACUUUGUUAAACUCUAUUUCUAGUCAAGAUGUUGAUACAGUACAGUCAAUCAAAGAUAUUUUCUCAAUGUCCACAAAAGCUAUAGAUCAGAUGGGCAGAACUGGAGCUCUUCAUCAUUUGAUAAGAAGGAAAGCAGCAGCUCAAGACACUGGUUUAGUCACUUUAAAAGACAUCCAUUGUAAAAUUAUAAGUCUGCCACUGACAAAUGAUGGUGUUUUUGGUAAAAAGUUAGAAGAAAAACUCAAAGAACGAAAAGAACAGAAAGACUCUAUCAUAGAUUUAAUUCCAGAAUGGAAUGAAAGAAAUCAAAAGAGAAAAUUUCCAGAAACUACAAGUGAAAAUUCAGGAACUUUUAAGAGACCAAAAACAUCUGUUGUCCAUAAUAGAGGACAAACAUUUCAAAGAUCAAAUUUCAAUCGACGAUCUUAUGAUUACAAACAAAGGGAUGACAAUUCUAGAGCCACUUCAGCGGCCACAUCUGUUGACAGAAUGAAUUCCUUUCGAAUCCCAAAGAAGACAAGUAAAUGACUGGAAUCUAGAACAGGAGAUGCAGUGAUCUACAAGCUCUCAAACUUGGAGAAGGAUGGGUCAAUAUUCAGAAUAAGGGAGUAACUUUCAUUAGACAAGGUUUGGCAAAACAAGAUCGACCUAAUCAUUAUGGAACAAAGAUAUUUGUUCCUGCGUUUCCAGAAAAUAAAUUAUUGGAUCCAAAGAGGUGCCUUUAUUUCUAUUUGAAAAAAACUGAGGUUUUUAGAGAAAAACUUAAAGACAGCAACAAGUUAUUUUUGAGUUUACUUGAACCACAUCAACCAGUAUCUUCACAGACUAUAUCAAAAUGGAUUGUUCAGACUAUUCAUAUGGCUUAUGAAAAUCAGAAAAAAUCAAAUGUUAAAGGACAUAGUACAAGAGCCUUAGGACCUUCAUGGGCUUUAUAUAAUGGUGCUUCAGUUAAAUCAAUUAUAGAAGCAGCAGAUUGGAGUAAAGAAUCUACUUUUUGUAAAUUUUAUUUGAGGGAUGUAGAUGACUGUGUUCCAGUUCUUAGAUGUGCUGUAAAUAAGUGAAACAAACGUAGUACAUGUAUUGUAUUUUGUUCUGUGUAAAUAGAAACAAUAUGUUUAAAGGAGAUCAUCUCCGGCGAGUUGCAUGAAGAAAUAUUUCUUCGUGAUUGUGUAUAUAGUGUAUAUAUGAAGACUACUAGAUGGUAUUGGGAGAAAUACCGGAAUUUCUUUAACGUUUUGAGGUAAGAAAAAAUUUUCUUUUCCUCCAUUUAGUUAGAUUGCUUUAGAAUCUAAUUUAUCCUUAUGUAUAUAAUGACUGGUAAGUAUAACGAACGAAAUAAAAUUGGAAAAUUUGUAUUCAAGUUUCAAUUUUAUGAGUGAGUUAUACUUACCAGUCAACUUUCCCACCUCCCACCCAAAAGAAAAUUUUUUAAGGGGUGAAGGUGUUUUAUCAUGUAGGUUGGGAACGUUUUGUUGCCCGCCUAUAUGAACUGAUUUGGGCAAGCAUCUGAGAGGUGAUCUCAGUCUUUAAAGCGCUUGAAUCUUAUUCUUUAAAACGCUUGCCCGCGAGUUACGAACGUUUAUACGGGAAAGAUAUCCUUAUGUAUAUAAUGACUGGUAAGUAUAACUCACUCAUAAAAUUGAAACUUGAAUACAAAUUUUCC